CGAAGUUUGCCUGAGUUUGCCUGUCACUCCUGCUGAGCUGACUAGCCGACUGCUUUAAUGUUUUGGUAAAAUGGCGCUCACCGAGGUUUGUGGUAUCGACUCUUUCGUUGAUUUUGGCUAUUUGCGAGAAAAGGAUAAGAUUGCCGGCGAGAUUGAAGCGUACACGAAAAACUUCAGCAAUAAUCUUCAUCUGGCGGUGCCGCCGUUUAUAAAUCCAGCUGAAACUCUCGGUCGUAUAGCUGCAGGCACUGAUGAAACUGGGAAGCACCUGAAGAUCAAAUUUGAUCAUGGAACCACAACUUUGGGCUUUCAAUAUCAGGGUGGCAUCAUUCUGGCAGUGGAUUCACGUGCAACAGGAGGGCAAUUUAUUGGUUCAUCCACCAUGAAGAAAAUAGUGGAAAUCAAUGACUAUCUCCUUGGCACAUUAGCCGGUGGUGCUGCCGAUUGUGUCUAUUGGGACCGUGUUUUAGCAAGGCAAUGCCGCAUGUACGAACUUAGAAACAGAGAACGCAUUUCUAUUGCAGCAGCGAGUAAACUCUUGUCGAAUAUGAUUUAUAAUUUCAAAGGAAUGGGCUUGAGUAUUGGUAUGAUGCUGGCUGGUUGGGACAAACGUGGUCCUGGACUUUAUUAUGUUGAUUCCGAGGGCACUCGGACUCCAGGAAAAGUUUUUAGCGUAGGUUCUGGAUCUGUAUUCGCGUUUGGUGUAUUGGAUUCAGGUUAUAGAUGGGAUUUAACUGAUGAGCAGGCUUAUGAACUUGGAAGAAGAUCAAUCUAUCAUGCUACACACAGAGACGCCUAUUCUGGUGGUAUUAUAAGAGUAUAUCACAUGAAAUCAACUGGCUGGGUACACAUCUCUGAUCAAGAUUCCAAGGAUUUGCAUUAUGCCUACCAAGCUGAAAAAGCAGCGGAGCAGCCAAGCACGUCCUCCUAGAUCUAAUAUAUACAUUGUACACAUACUAAUUGUUUAUGAAAUAAAAUGAUUUCUAUCUAUAUAA